CAGAAUGUCAAUGCUUACGGGUUAAAUUAAAUCAUUUUGAUAUCAGCAUCAUCUUCAUUCUUCGGCAAUGGAGGCGCGCGAUAGCGCGGUGAUGCAGCUCACAGUCAUGGCCAACGGCCCUCUCCUCGGCGGCCGAGAGGAGCAGGGGGAAGCGGAGGAGCCUGAGCUACAAAGUCGAGCCAGACGCGUGCCAAACACCAACGUCUCAUUCGAACGUGACUUCAAGGCGGUGAGAGGAGAAGUGGUCCAAAGCACCAGCAACUUCCUGAGCGAGCGUCUCGACUUUGAGCAGCAAGAAGUCGUCAAGGACAUGAGUAGGAUGAUAAAGGCUGAGACAGCGGAGGAAUUCAUCCGCUCCGGGAAGCGCAUCGCCCGUGACCUCUUUCCCGGUGAACUCACAGAGUUUGCCCUGAAUGUCACCGACAGGUGGCGAGCAAUGGAGAAUGCUCGCGAUGCGGAGAAAACCGAUGAGGGAAGGCUCCGGGCAUUGCUGAGAGAAGCCACUGGUACCUGCAAAAGAGUCCUUGCCUCUUUUGUGACUCUGACGCCUCACAGCAUGGCGACUGAGCGAGCAGUAUCACACUACAACAAUAUCCGUUCUCACCACAGGCUGGGGAUGUCCAACUCUACCCUAAACGCGCGACUCAUCAUCGCUCUGAACGGCGUGGGCACCGCCCAUUUUGAUCCGCGGCCGGCUGUAACCGCGUUUCUGGAGGGGAAGGGACGCCGUAUGCGUGCUGCAGAUCCGGAGGUAUAUGAGAAGCGUGAGUUUGUCUUAAAGUUCUUCCGGGAGGCAGGAAAUGUGUAGACGCCACGACGCCAGCUGCUAUAUGACCUGACACACUGCUGGUACCACGCGAUUCGCCGCUUUGAACGGCGUGGGCACCUACCACUCGUUGCGACCCGCGGCCAGCUGUGUGUGCAUUUCUUGAUGGGAAGGCAAGAGACGGCGCCUGUGAGGGCUAGAUUAGGACACGUGUGAGAAGCGUGAAUUUGUUUGACUUUCCAAGUGUUUUUUGUGGAGUCCGUAAUGUGCAAGCGUCACGGUCACAAUGCCGUGUGAUAGGUAUGAGCAGAAAUAAAACUGGGUACAUGCA